GACCAUGUCUCCGGAGGCGUCAUUUGGUUCGGAGACAACGACCCCCGCAACAAGUUAGUGAAACUGCCGGGUGAGCUGGCUAACCCCGGAGCAGGUGAGAUCGGUGCCCUUCUCCACGCCAUCGAUACUCUGCCGCUAAACGCUCCCAUCCACGUCUCCACCAAGACACAUAAGCUAGGAAAGGACCUAUCUGUGCACCUCUCCAAUCUUGAAGACCAAAACUGGAGUACCCACCCUAACGGCGUCAUCAUGAAAGUGCUGACGGCAAAACUGAGGUCACGAAGUGCACUCACCACAUUCUCCAAAUGGGACCACAACACCCCGAAACCAAUAUCCAACAAAAUCCGUAUGUUGGCAGACGAAAGUAUACAAAAAGAACAACACGACACCAUCCCGACUGAAAUUGAGAACUCGCUAAACCUUACCGGUAUGAAAUUGACCGCAGGCUCCCAGAAAAACUUCUACAAAAAUAUCAGACAAACUCGUCGAUCGAAGAAACAACGGAGACGCACCACGAUGAACCUAGCGAUGGCCAUCCACGCUGCACGAGAGAUAUCCGGGCUAACCCCAUCCAGUGAAAAAGUAUGGGCUUCUAUAAGAGAUAGGGACACACCUAAGAACAUCCGGGGUUUCCUCUGGAAGUGCUUACAUGAUGCCUAUAAAAUCGGCGAAUUCUGGGACAAGAUCCCACACUACGAACAUAGAGGAAUAUGCGGGAUUUGCAACUCACUAGAAACUAUGGAACAUAUCCUCAUCGGCUGUGAGUCUGUAGCGUCUCGCACCAUCUGGCAAGCGGCCGAAGACCUCUGGUGUAAGAGAGAGGACAGUUGGCCGGAAAUCCGCUUCGGUACAAUCCUGAGCUGUAAUCUAGCCAACCUGAAUCACAACAAUGAUAAGUCGACUACAGGAAAGAACAGACUGUUCAAAAUAUUAGUAUUGGAGUCCGCACAUCUCAUCUGGAAGCUCCGGUGCGAGAGAACCAUCAAAUUCGAAGGUGUAAAGGAGAAAUUCCACUCGGAAAAUGAGAUCUAUAACAGAUGGGUCCAUGCCAUCAACACGAGGCUGAAAUUUGAUCGAUUGCUCACCGACUCUAUGAGAUACGGGAAGAAAGCGCUCAAAACGGAGACGGUUCUAAAGACCUGGAGCGGUGUAUUACUAAAUGAGGAGAAUCUCCCGGACAACUGGGUCCAUAAAUCAGGGGUUUUAGUGGGUAUGGCGCCCCGCCGUCCUCCGGGAAGGCUUAGGUAA